AUGUGCAGCAAGGAGGCCUCCAAUUGCAUAGGCAGCACCGCAGCCUCACCGGUGAGAUUAGUUACACUUGGCUUAUGCGAAGUACUUCAAGCUGGCCUUGCAGCUUCAUCGACCUUUCUCUCACUCACCUUUUCAUCAAUUGAGCGCCCUUAUCGAAGUAAAGGGUUUCCCUGGGCCACCUCAUAG